AUGGAGGUGCCAGGGUCGUCGAAGAAGAUGAUAGCUACGCAAGCAGAGAUGGUUGAGGCGAAGGUGCCGCUUGGAUACAGGGAUCAAUGCGCCCACCUGCUGAUCCCUCUCAACAAGUGCCGCCAGGCGGAGUUGUACCUGCCUUGGAAGUGCGAGAACGAGCGCCACUCCUACGAGAAGUGCGAAUACGAGCUUGUUAUGGAGCGGAUGCUCCAGAUGCAGAAGAUCCGCCAGCAGGAGGCAGCCCACCUCAAACACGGUGGCGCCCAGCAGUCCAUUCCCCUAGCUCCCAAGACUGCCAAUGCCUAG